CUAUACAUACUGUAACAUGUACCCUUCUUUUCCCACUUAAGAUUUACAAGUGAGUAAUAAAGGUCUGCAUUCAUUAAAAUAUAGUAAAAGUAGUACAGUACAGUAAUCUAAUGUAUAUACAUUAUUUAUUUACCCUUUAUUGGUGGACAUUUAGGUAGUUUAUUAUCUUGUUAUUUUCCCCAAAUGAAUGAGUAAUGUUAUACAUAAGUCAUGUUUCACAUGUCAUGUUUCAGUUGGGCUCUGAUGUGUAGUUAAUAAGGACUUUAAAUAUGCAGUGCUUCCAGUUACUUGUAUUCAGUUUGUGCACCAAUGAUGACUAGAAACCAACUAAAACCCUAAAUAUCUAGACUGAUCAAAAAAGGAUUUUUCUAUCAAAAGCAAAAGCAUGCUGAUGGUUCUUAAUGUGAAUAUAUCUUUGCCCACUUAAGUUUAAGGAAGGGGUGGUUUAUUCUGCUGUGAAACACACAUUAAUUGCUGAGAAGUAAUAACAGCGUGAGGUGGAGAAGCCACAUUUCCAGUGUUUAUUUAGCAAAAGGCAUGCCGGAUAUCUUCCUGAAACUAUGACAUUGAGUAAGCUCAUAUUUUAGCAUUAAGUUAGGAAAAACAAAUGUUUUUGGAAUGUAAACAUGUAAAAUAAGGGCCUGUGGGAAUUCUGCCGAAACUAUUUAUUUUAAAAGUCUUCAAAGGCAAGUUUUCCAGUUAGGAGGUUUUGCUGAUGAGAAAAAUUAGUUCAAUAGAAAGAUGCUAUUGUUAUUAAAGAUUAACUAUAUAGACUAUAUCAGAGUCUCCAUUGUUAAGUAGGAAUGAGGAAAGGGGGGAAGCAAAUUUAAAAAAUUUUUUUCCUGAAAGACACAGUAUCUUGUAUUUGGAAGAGCCAUUAUGAAUAGAAUGACUUUUCCUGGCUUCAAAAUUAUUGUGAAAGUGUUGAAAUUUUUAGGCAGAAUACCUACAUGCCAGCUACUGUGCAAAGUAUUUUAUAUUUAUUUUACCUCAAAUAUUUAUUCUACACAACAGUCCUAAGAGGUAGGUGGUAUCCAUCUGCUGUGGAGCCCCUAAGUCAGGUGGACUUGGAUUCAGAAAUUUGCAGCAGGAAUGGUCAAAGGCUAAUGGAACCAUAAAGGCAAGUACUUGAGAUAUGAUGCAUUAAAGUGUUCUCUGUGUCACAUGUACAUGUGUUUUUUAUCUAAAGAAGAGAAGAGGUUCUUUAAAUUACUAUUGUAUCCCAUAAUGCUAGACCCACAGUAGGUACUGAGUAAAAUUGAGCAGUAAUAUAAUCUUAAAAUGGAAACAUCAGCUGAUUUAGAUUAUCAAUUUGUAGUUUUGUAUCAGGCUUUCAUGAAGUUUCUCCUCACAUACAUAAAUGUACCUUUUGGCCAUGGGCACCAGUACUUUGAAUCACUUACUUCCCACAGGGAAAAUAAAAGGAGUGAACAUUGACUGUUUAUGGGGUAUUAAUAAAAUACUUUAGCUCCCUAAAAACUCAGAAUAUGAAAUUGCCUUCACGUGGUAGAAUGCCACUUGCUGAAACGUGUUUAGAAUCCUUCAGGGAGCUUCACACUCGGGAAAGGCAUCACACAUUUAACAUCAGGAUUGAUGUGUGAGGCUAUGUGCCAAGGACAAAGAGUAGACUGUCUGCAAUCUGGGUUUAGUUUGUGAGAUGAGACAAAAAAGAGAAGUUGAACCCUUAAAUCUAUAAUUGUUCUCCAGUAAGAAGUACUUGGAUCAUGGAGUUUUGAAGUAGACAUUGUUAAAACUAUAGAAACCUGACUUCAUAUCUUGCUUCCUGUCUACAUUUCUUUAGUUAAUCUCAUGCUGCUGAUCUAAAAACAUUUUGCAUAAUUAAACAUUAUUCAAAUAUAGGAAAAUAAAGGAGUACAUCUGAGGUACAACAUCUCAGUUUCCUAUCUCCUGAGCCAGUAUGUCAUUCUCAUUACUUUUUAAAGCAAACCACCCUAUGUAGCUAUGCUUAUUUCAUGCAGGAAGUAGCAUGGUAAAGUGAAAAUAGGGAGGUUCAACAGAACUGGACUUAAAUCCUAGCUCUUAAUAGCUAAGUGAUCUUAGGAAAUUUAUUUAACUUCUAUGAGUGCCAAAUUUCCUUGUAAUAAGGGGUUGUUAUAAAGUUUGAGUGACAUGAUUUCUAUAGUUCCUGACAGAUAGUAGGAAUUUCUAAGAAUGAUAGCUGCUGCUACUACUUUUUGUCAGCUUCUUUAGUCAUAACCAUCCUUUAAGUCACAGUUGUCCAACAGGACUUUCUGUGAUGAUGGAAAAUGUUUUAUAUUUAUAUUGUCCAAUAUAGUAGCCAUUAGACACAUGUUGCUAUUGAGCAAUUAAAAUGUGACUUGUAUGACUGAGGGUUUUAAUUUUUAACUUAAUUUAAAUUGCUGUAUGUGGUGUUACCUAUUGGACAGUGCAGUUUUUUUUUAUUGAGAUGUAAUUGUCAUAAAACAUGCUAGUUUCAGAUAUACAUGAUUUAAUAUUUACAUAUGUUGUAAAAUGAUUACAGUAAGUCUAUUUGAGAUUAUCACCACACCUAGGUAUAAUUUUUUUUCUUGUGGGGAGAAGUUUUAAAGUCUAAUCUCUUAGCAUCUUUCAGAUUUACAAUAUAAUAUUUUGAGUGCGGUUUUAAGGCUCAUUCAAAAUCUACCUCUUCAUGAAACCUUCCUUUAACAAUGAUACUUCUUAACAUUACUCUAUCACCUCUUUGGUACUUACCAUGGACAUUAAUUCUCAUGAGUCUUGUCUUUCCAGCUGGAUUGUAUCUGAGGUCAUGAAUUUUUAAAUCUCCACAUUGCUGUAUGAAAAGGAACAUGAUAAAAAUAUAAUUGGAGUAUGUUUUAAGUAGUAACUUUGAAAAGAUCAUUAAGUGUAAUACAAAAACCUUGCUAGUUGGUAAUUAGGUGAAGAAUAAGGAAUAGUGUGAAGGUUGCCUGUAGUGAGGAACUUCGUGUCCUGCAAGUUCAGAUUGCACUUGAACUCUGGAGGAGGAAAUUAAAGCCUCUUUCUUGCAUUGCCAUCUUGUGGCCAACGUGGGCCCCAAAUGACGCUAACCCAAUUUUUGCUGUGUCAGGGUAAAGUGUUCUUUAGUUUACUAUGGUAAAAGUUUGCCAGGAGUAGAAGUUAAAUACAGUCAGCAUUGGCUCAGAUGAAAUUGAAACAUGCUUUGAGAAAAAAGCUGACUAUUUUGGUUUACCUUCUCAUUUAUUUGAAUCUUAUGCAUCUUUGGCUCCUUCCUUUUCUGUCUCUUCCUCCUUCUCGUCCUCUCCGUCCUCUCUCCUCCUCCUUCUUGUCUUCUUAAUGAUUUUUGUGAAUUUAAUGACUGGUUACAAUUGUUUCUGUAGUCACACACUCUGUGGACUUGGAGAGGCUGGCAUUAACCCAUGCCAUGUAUACCCCAUCUCCCUGAAUUUGUUUACAUGGCUGCCAAGCCCUGUUUGCAGCCAGCCCAUGGCUCCUACCUUUGGCAUACCUGUUCUCUUACUGUGAGACUGUUGACUUACAACUUUCAGAGGUGGGUUAGACUAACUCUAAAGUUAAACCCAAACUUCUAAAUUUAUACAGAAAGCUGAGUGUCUUGCCAAUGGGUUUCAGCCCCGGGCAAGUUCACUAUGGAUUCAGUGAGACCGAGGAAUGACAAUGAAACAUUCUUCGGGUGAAAGGGCUUAUAUCCAACUUUAUUCCCCACCGUGGCAGGUCGAUCACAAGAAUCCCUAGUCUGCAUGCAGCAAGCUGGUCUCUGCCUCUGGGCCUCUCUGCCCCUGCAGCUGUCUCAGUCUCUGUCCUUGGUGCUGCCACCACUCGUCUCUGCUCUUCUGCAGCCCUGUAGCCCUGUGGCCAUGCCACUGUGUCGCCCAGAGCACUGGGUGUAGCUUGUCACACAGAGUCAGUAGCAACAUAUUACCCACAUGUGUCUAGUGAGCAAGCCGACCAGGGCCACAUGAGAAUCCUGGCUACAGGAACCUUCACUUUAUCCACACUGAGUUUGUACAGAAGUCCUGCCCUAAUCUGAUACUGAGUUUGGGCAUUUGAUGACAUUCCCCAAACAGAUGGGUCAAUUUAUAUUACUGAAUGGAGAUUCAAAUAAAGAAUGAACAGUUUUCCUUCAGGUUAAUUUUCCUUGAGACUAUAUGGGUGUGACUGGGUAUGAAGUAGGUUGGUGUUCAUUCAGAUCAUGUAAUCUUAACCUCUGUGUAUUUAUUAUUCUUUUAUUUUCCAGAGAUGAUGCUAGGUAGUUGACAGAUCCUAUAAUUGAACUUGAUUCCUAGAGAGAAGCUGAUUCAUCUGGAGCCAGAGAAAUGAAAUUUCUGGAGACUGAAACUAGACAUGCAUCUCACUUUCCCAGCCUGGAACUCUGGGCUGCUGUAAGUCCUGGAUGUACGGUAGAUGAUGACAGCAUUUUUAUUUUACGAUUCUUCACUAGAUUGUAAACUCCAUGAGCAGAAGAAUAAUUUUCUUAUCUUUAAUGCCUGGUGCAGAAUAGGAUUCUCUUCAACGUCUUGUAGACCUUACUAUCUAUUAUGUCUUUGUGUGAAGACAUGCUGCUUUGUAAUUAUCGAAAGUGUCGCAUCAAACUCUCUGGUUAUGCGUGGGUCACUGCCUGCUCUCACAUCUUCUGUGAUCAGCAUGGCAGCGGUGAGUUUAGUCGCUCACCAGCUGUCUGCCCUGCCUGUAACAGUACCCUUUCUGGAAAGCUAGAUAUUGUCCGCACAGAGCUCAGUCCAUCAGAGGAAUAUAAAGCCAUGGUGUUGGCAGGACUUCGACCAGAGAUUGUAUUGGACAUCAGCUCCCGAGCACUUGCCUUCUGGACAUACCAGGUACAUCAAGAGCGUCUUUAUCAAGAAUACAAUUUCAGCAAGGCUGAGGGCCAUCUGAAACAGAUGGAGAAGAUAUAUACUCAGCAAAUACAGAGCAAAGAUGUAGAAUUGACCGCUAUGAAAGGGGAGGUCACCUCCAUGAAGAAAGUGCUAGAAGAGUACAAGAAAAAGUUCAGUGACAUCUCUGAGAAACUUAUGGAGCGAAAUCGUCAGUAUCAAAAGCUCCAAGGUCUUUAUGAUAGCCUUAGGCUACGAAACAUCACUAUUGCUAACCAAGAAGGUACCCUUGAGCCAUCCAUGACUACACAGUCUGGUGUUUUUGGCGUCUCUUUAGGGAACAACUCCAAGUUUCCUUUGGACAAUACUCCAGUUCAAAAUCGGGGUGGUGGAGAUGGAGAUUUUCAGUUCAGACCAUUUUUUAUGGGUUCUCCCACAGCACCUGAACCCAGUAACAGCUUUUUCUGUUUUGCCUCCCCAAGUCGUGAAUUAGAGCAACAGCAAGUCUCUAGCAGGGCCUUCAAAGUAAAAAGAAUUUAGCUUUUAUAGAGUGUUUCUCUGUUCACUUUCAGUGAUAUGAUUUGAGUCACCAACCUCCUUGUGCUAUUGUCUUUAAAGUUGUCUUCACAUUUUCAACUUACAAAAACCUCAGGAGCUGUGUGGCUUUAGAGUCUGGUUUCUUUUUCUGUUUCCAUUAUUUUAAGGCACGAGCAUUUUAUUAAACUCAACUUCAUUGUGAACUGUUGAGUUUUCACCAGUAGUGAAAGGAUUACAUUAUUAUUGCAUGUUUUCUGGAUCACCAUUUGCUUCUGCCUGAGCUGUUUCGGAUUGAGCUGUGUGUUUAUGCAUAAGCGUAUAAGUACCUUUGUUGUAUGUUUACAUGUCACUUUAGGUUUUGGUAUUUAUGCCUAUAUGUAUAUAUGUGUUCCCUUACAUUGAUAUUUUGCUGUAUCUGCCUGUAUAUUUAUAUGAAGAUUUUGGUCUCAGGAAAUGGCAGAUGAGUCUGUACCUUGUUAUGUAGGUGUGUACAUUUAUUUGUGUAUAUUUAUGUAUUUGUCCUUUUAUUAACUUGUUUGGAGUUGUGCUCAUGUUAGUGAAUGAGUUCAAUUUGAUGCAAGUAACAGUCAUUAUUUAACAGUAAUUCACAUUGAUAAAGUAAUUUUGUAAAGUUGAUUAUUUGGCAUUAUUUUAAAAUUAACUCAUUUAUUUGCAGUUGUCUUCAGUGUAUUAAUUUAGAAAUGUGCUUCUGCAGAAAACUUAAAAUAUGUUACUGAUCCUAAGAGACUAUGUUAAUUAAAAAACUUAAAAAGA